AUGGCGGCUGCGAAGACCCUGGGCAUCAUCGUGUCCGUGUUCCUCCUGUGCUGGCUGCCCUUCUUCACGUGGUACUUGGUGUCCGCGCUGUGUGGCGACUCGUGCGCCGUGCCGGAGGUGGUCGUCACGAUCCUCUUCUGGAUUGGUUAUUUCAACUCCACGCUGAACCCCAUCAUCUACGCCUACUUCAACCGCGACUUCAGAAAGGCUUUCCGCAAGACCCUGCGCCACUACGGGCUGGAUUGCGGCGCCUGCAAGCGGUGUUCGCGCGUGCGCUGCGGCCGCGGGAGGAAGCUGAUGUUCUGCGCGGGGCUGGCGGGCGGGCACGAGUCGCCGUCGUCGGAGGUGCAGCCGCGCUCCGCCCUCAGCUCCGAGUACUGCCACAUCGAGAUGACCACCGUGGACAAGGUGGCGCGGGUCGGCUUCGACCACUAGCCGGCGCGGGGGGCGGCUGCCGGGCCUCGAGGGCGACCGCGGCGGCGAUGAAGUGCAGUAAUCAUAGUACAUAACUUGAUGUUGCUCUGUGCAAGGCAAUGCUUUAGUCUCUUAUGUGAUGUAACAAAGCACAAAAUAAUGACACAGUGUGUCUGUCACAAUUACGGUAUGUGACGUGUUUCUGUACGAUUUAAUAUCAAGGUGCAUUGCAUGACGCCAUGGUUCAUGUUCUACCAUCUCAUGGCGUCAUGUGGUGUGACCCGAAAUAAUGAAUCAAAUAAAUUAUUUCCUUUCGUAGACAAAUAUGUCAAACACGGAUAUUGUACCAAGAACAACAGGGCGACCUGAAAAAGCGUAUGUGAAUAAUUCACAACAAUAAUGAUUUAAGCUUUAAAUAAAACAGAAAAAAACAAGUUAGCGUCAUUAGUUAUAAGUAUUUUGUAUAAUGAUAUUCCUUCAGUAAUUUCCAUAUACAAAACUUUACAUUCCUUAACUAAGUGAUGGAUAACGUCUGCGUUUAUUCGAGAGCCUUUAGCCCCGCCCAUAACAGCUGGAGACGCUAUGAUUGGCUGAAAGAAAAAUAAAAAAAAGCGCGGCUUCGCUGGAACUCAUUCUUUUUCAGCCAAUCGUUGGUUUAAUGGGUUGGGUACUGGUUCUCGGCCAUUAGAGUAACUAAAUAUUCUCUAUUUUAAAAUCAAACGCAUUAUAAGGAUAGAAGUCUCUGGAAAGAGGAAGAUAAAAGGCCCCUCUUUCUACCGCCAAGAAAACUCAAGAAGUUUCACUGUAAAAGAGGCACGUGAAGCUUCUUCUGGAUUUCGUUGGUAAGAUGAAGCUCAACGACAACUGCGAUAAAACAGUAGUAAAUCAGGGUUAUGGUCCUGAGUGUACAGUAAUUAUCGUACUCACGAUGAGUUACGAAUAAGUAGUACUGAGUAACAAAAUAACUCACAACCUGUGGUGUAGCUUAGGGAAGAUAAUGGGCACUCAUCGUGAUGUUGUAAAAGAUUAGUCAUAGCUGUAACAUAGUGUCGAUGUUAUGUAACAAGGAUAUAAAAUCGUGAGAACUAGAAGGUGCACAACAGUGACAGACAAGGGGGUACGUUCAGAUGAAUAAAUGAUUUGUUAGACUACCUAAAAAAAAGCAAAUUAAAUACUCGCGUUUACUCUUUCGUUAGCUGAAAAUGUAUUUUUCCCGCUCCUUCAACAACCUGCCGCUGACAAAGAUGAGUGAGAAUAUUUUCUUGUCGUGAGUUGGCGGUUAGCGUUUCGUGUCUUUCUAUCGGUCAUUAUUUGUUUAUUUGUCUGUAUUUCAAUCUAUUCGAUUUAAUUCGUCAAGGGAUCUAGGAAUAUAUGCCUGAUACUGAUAUGAGAUUGAUUAUAUGAAAUAAUCAUCUGCGGCGAAUAAAAAGGCAGCAUGCACCAAAAGACCCCUGAGCUGCCACGCCAUUAUUUGCACAGAAAGAAAGAAUGAUAAAAAUCCCUCAUCUUCGUCUUCCCUCUAGUUCCCUCUGAAGCGAAUGGAACUUGGCAGAAGACUCAAUACGAAAUAAAAGAGAGAAAAAGUGAAAAACGACUUCAUCUGUUUCAAAAAACCAUCCAGCCUUCUGGGAUGUGUGUUCCCCCUGGUCUCUGUUGUUGAUUCGGUUCAGAUGAACACGAGAAAUGAAAAUUCCUGUAGCUACCCCAUGUUAUCUGCCACGGUGGUCAAUAUUCGACUAUUCGAUUAUGUAGAUCUAGAUGUAUAUAAUUAUAUACAGUACAUAUAUCUAUAUAUAAGUAAAAUAGUGUUGGCGCAGCAUUUGAUGUUUGAUUCUCUAUGUGAUAUUGUGUUGUACAGUGCAAACUGGAAAUUGAUAUGUAGCAUAAUGUCAAAAUGUUAUUAUUAAGGAAAAGUGAUGUAUUAUUUAUGUAUAUUUGUAUGAGAGAGGUGCACGUAUAUUUGCAUGUGUGUAAAUAGUAGCUCGAAAAGCCCAUAUAUUUUGUUGCACAGAGAAUGGGCUUCUAUCUCAGAUGUAGUUAAAAGUUAUACAUACCAAAAUAAUAAUAAUAAUGAUAAUAGAUAUUA